GAGAGGGAAGAGACUUUAACUUGAAUCUUCAAAAACACAAAAUACCUUCAACCUCUCGAAAACCUCAAUCACCAUGUCGUCAGACGAAAUUGUCUGGCAGGUUAUCAACCAACAGUUUUGCUCUUUCAAACUCAAGACUACGAAAGAUCAAACUUUUUGUCGCAACGAAUACAACGUUACUGGUCUCUGUAAUCGACAGUCAUGUCCUCUCGCAAAUUCCCGAUAUGCAACUAUUCGCGCAAAUCCUCAAACCGGUACACUUUACCUUUACAUGAAGACAAUUGAAAGAGCACAUAUGCCAUCGAAAUUAUGGGAGCGCGUAAAGCUAUCUUCCAACUAUGCUAACGCAUUGGUACAAAUCGACGACAAAUUGAAGUACUGGCCUAACUUCCUCAUUCAUAAGUGCAAGCAGAGACUUACAAGAUUGACACAAGUUGGUGUUCGCAUGAGGAGAUUGGCAAAAGAGGAGGAUAGAUUGGGCGAAAAGCUUGUUCCAAAAAUGGCGCCCAAGGUUAGAAGAAGAGAAGAAACUAGAGAGAGAAAGGCAAUGGCGGCUGCCAAGGUCGAGAGAGCGAUUGAAAGAGAAUUGAUUGAAAGAUUAAGGAGCGGUGCUUAUGGCGAUCAGCCAUUGAACGUCAGCGAAUCUAUUUGGAAGAAGGUUCUGAAAGGUUUGGAGAGACAAGGAGAAGGAACUAGAGAUGAGGAUAUGGAUGAAGGUAUUGAAGAGGAUGAGUUUGAGGAAGAAGGGGAAUAUGAAGAUGAAGAGGGUGUCGGUGAUGUGGAAUAUGUUAGUGACUUGGGAGAAGAUGAAGAGGAUUUGGAGGAUAUCGAGGAUUGGCUUGGAAGUGAUGAAGAGGAAGCUACCGGCGAAGAAGAUAGUGAAGACAGUGAGAGUGACAGUAGCGAGGACGAUAGGGCCAAGAAGAAUGCUGCCGGCGCAAAGAGAAAGAGAGCACCAGUUUCCAAAACCAAGCCAAAGAAGAGAAUCUCGAAGAUGGAAGUCGAAUACGAACAAGAGCUCGAAGGACCACAACGAGAACUGGCUUUCUAAUCUGGGAAUGCAUGGACUUUCAUUAUACCUGGGGUUGGGCGUUCUUUAUAGGUGUUGGUGCUCUUGGUCCCUCAAAAAUAAGCUGUUAAUUUAUAGUACUGUAGACAGCUUUCUUACUUGGCUAGGAAUAUCAAAGCAAGCGAUAUUCAAGAACAAUUUCUGGAAGAUGAAACUGAAUGAAUUAUUGACUGA